UAAAUUUAAGUGCUGUUAAAAAUUUACCGAUAAAUAAUGGAGAAGAUACUAAUCGAGCCUCAGAAUUGUAUCAUAGUGUCAUAUUUGUCUAACCUUCUUCAAACGAGUGCCGAAGAGGCAUUCGCCAACGGUGAUACACUUAAAGUUGGAUUAUCAGGGGGCUCUGUGGUUAACUUAUUGGCACAGAGUUUACCUAAUAUUACAACUGACUGGAGUAAAUGGUAUUUCUUCUUCUGUGAUGAAAGAAUUGUUCCUUUUGAUAGUAAUGACUCAACUUACGGAGAAUAUAAGUCAAAGUUGAUUGGAAAAAUACCAGUGACUGAAGAUCAGUUCAUAAAAAUAAAUCCUGAUCUAUCUGCCGAAGAUGCCGCAAAAGAUUAUAUUAAGAAGAUGUCUGUAUUUUUUCCUCCUGACCGUCUCCCAUGUUUUGAUGUGCUCCUUUUGGGAGUAGGUCCAGAUGGACAUACGUGUUCUCUGUUUCCUGGUCAUAAGCUUUUGAACGAAUCAAGUUUGUGGGUUUGUCCUAUUAAUGAUUCCCCUAAACCUCCUCCAUCUCGUAUCACUCUAACUCUUCCUGUAAUCAAUAAUGCAAAAAAAUGCAUAUUUACUGUUGUUGGAUCUAGCAAAGCUGAAAUUGUGAAGAGAAUUUUGCAAGAUAAAGAAAAUUUGCCAGCUGCUCGUGUACAACCGCACAAUGGAGAAUUGUACUGGAUCCUAGAUGAAGAUUCAUCAAAAUUAUUACAAGCCUAAAUAACAUAUUUGCUUAAAGUUGACUAUAACAUUCCACUUAAAUAUCUUAUUCUGAUGCUCAACAGCUAUCUCAGGCAUACUUUUGUAUACAUACGUGCAUCUUACUUAAAAUGGCUAAUAGAUAAACAUUUAAAUGAAAGCAUUUUUUUGUGAACUGUUGCUCAAAGAUGAUAUUUGUUUAUUAUAACGUUAAUAUCGUUUAAAAUAUUUUGUUAUUCUCUGUUUGUGUAUUUCAAUACAACAAUUUUCGGAUAUUUUAUUUUUUCCAUUUAUAUUUGUAUACAUGAAAUAAGUACAAAAUAUAAAAUAAUACGUUUUU